GCUGGCGUCUGUCGUCAUCACGCACGGCUACGCGCUGACGUCACGCGACAGCUCCGUGCUCUGCUGCGGAAUUAGGGCGGGUGGGUCGUGUCUACAGCGGCAGCGAUAAUUAUUAUAUAUUAAAAAAAAACACACAAUCAUAAAAUUAACACCGUCGCCGCGAAGAAGAGCCAUCGAACGAGCAAAAAUGUCUACGAAUAACGACUUCGGCAACCCUUUAAGGAAAUUCAAACUGGUCUUCUUGGGCGAGCAGAGCGUUGGCAAGACUUCCCUGAUCACACGGUUCAUGUAUGACAGCUUUGACAACACCUACCAGGCGACGAUCGGCAUCGACUUCCUGUCGAAAACCAUGUACCUGGAGGAUCGAACGGUCCGCCUUCAGCUGUGGGACACAGCCGGCCAGGAGCGAUUCCGAAGCCUCAUCCCCAGCUACAUCCGCGACUCCACCGUGGCCGUGGUUGUCUACGACAUCACUAACGUCAACUCAUUCCAGCAGACGUCCAAGUGGAUCGACGACGUGAGGACGGAGCGGGGAGGAGAUGUCAUCAUCAUGCUGGUCGGCAACAAGACUGACCUCGUCGAUAAGAGGCAAAUCACCACGGAGGAGGGUGAGCAGAGGGCCAAGGAGCUGAGCGUCAUGUUCAUCGAGACGAGCGCCAAGACGGGCUUCAACGUGAAGCAGCUGUUCCGCCGUGUGGCUGCGGCGCUUCCCGGCAUGGAGAACACGGAAGAGAAGAGCAAGGAGGACAUGAUCGAUAUCAAUCUGGAGAAGCCCAAAGAUCCUCCGGUGAGCGAGGCUUCCUGCUCCUGCUGAUGUCCUGCCCGCGUCAAGUCCCUACGACUGCCUCCCAUCGCGGCCACGAUCCGCCCACCCUCGCCCACCCUCGUCCACCCUCGUCCACACUCGUCCACCCUCGUCCACCUCGUCCACCCUCGUCCACCUCCUUCACCCCGACUCAACCCACGCGAGACACGAGUGUGUACACCGCCACUCCCGCCGCCGCCCAUCCUCGUCACGUUUUAGUGUCAUCAUCGUCGUCGUCAUCGUCGUCAUCGUCAUCGUCGCCAUCAUCAUCGAGCGCUUCCCCGCGCGGUCGCUGCGUUGACCUGCCACCGUUGCACCGCAAGGCGUCGACGUGCGUGUAAGGGGGGGGGGGUGGGGGAUGGGGGGGGGGCCAGGGGCGGAGUUUUAAUUUCUCGUCGCGUUAUUUUGCCCGUGCGGUGCGCGUGUCCGGAGUGGCGGCGGUGGCGGCGGUCGCUGGUAGACUGGGGGAGGGGGGGGGGGGGAAACGUUGUACGGAAUGCACACGGUGGCGCGUGCGUGCGUAACGCGUGUGUGUGACCAAGGAAGUAUCCACAGCUGUAGUGUAGGGUGAGGGCGUGGGGGAGGUGUGUGUGUAUGUGUGACCAAGGAAGUAUCCACAGCUGUAGUGUAGGGUGAGGGCGUAGGGGAGGUGUAUGUGUGUGUGUGACCAAGGAAGUAUCCACAGCUGUAGUGUAGGGUGAGGGCGUGGGGGAGGUGUAUGUGUGUGCGACCAAGGAAGUAUCCACAGCUGUAGUGUAGGGUGAGGGCGUGGGGGAGGUGUAUGUGUGUGUGUAAAUGCGACCAAGGAAGUAUCCACAGCUGUAGUGUAGGGUGAGGGCGUGGGGGAGGUGUGUGUGUGUGUGUGCUAUAUACUUGAUGUGCGGUGCGUGCCGGUGAUAUUCAUUGAGCCGCCCCCGGCUUUCACGACUUCCGGUGCCGGCAGCGGUGCCGGCAGCGGUACCGGCAGCGGUACCGGCAGCGGUACCGGCAGCGGUACCGGCAGCGGUACCGGCAGCGGCGAGCGAAAGCCGCGUUCGGAGGGCGGUGCAGGAGAAGGGAUGACAUCGCGAUAGGGGGAAACGAAAAAACGAAAACCCUCCCAACCACCAGAACGAUGAUGACGACGUAAAACUCGUGGCGGCUAGCGACGUAACGGACCUCCGGUUGGUAACCAAACGUUCAAGAGUAUCAUCGGCGUAGCGGACCUCCGGGUGGUAACCAAACGUUCAAGAGUAUCAUCGGCGUAGCGGACCUCCGGGUGGUAACCAAACGUUCUAGAAUAUCAUCGGCGUAGCGGACCUCCGGGUGGUAACCAAACGUUCAAGAAUAUCAUCGGCGUUGCGGACCUCCGGUUGGUAACCAAACGUUCAAGAGUAUCAUCGGCGUUGCGGACCUCCGGGUGGUAACCAAACGUUCAAGAGUAUCAUCGGCGUAGUGGACCUCCGGUUGGUAACCAAACGUUCAAGAGUAUCAUCGGCGUAACGGAACCUCCGGUUGGUAACCAAACGUUCAAGAGUAUCAUCGGCGUAGCGGACCUCCGGUUGGUAACCAAACGUUCAAGAGUAUCAUCGGCGUUGCGGACCUCUGGUUGGUAACCAAACGUUCAAGAAUAUCAUCGGCGUAGCGGACCUCCGGGUGGUAACCAAACGUUCAAGAGUAUCAUCGGCGUAGCGGACCUCCGGUUGGUAACCAAACGUUCAAGAGUAUCAUCGGCGUAGCGGACCUCCGGUUAAAAACCAAACGUUCAAGAAUAUCAUCGGCGUUGUGGACCUCCGGUUGGUAACCAAACGUUCAAGAAUAUCAUCGGCGUUGCGGACUUCCGGUUGGUAACCAAACGUUCAAGAGUAUCAUCGGCGUUGCGGACCUCCGGGUGGUAACCAAACGUUCAAGAGUA